AUGAAGCAGCUGUCAGUUGAAAAGGCCAGUGCAGUACUCAUGGGCACGGGUCCAAAUAAAGAUACUGAAUGGAAUGACAUAUUGAAAGAUUUUGGAAUUCUUCCUCCAAAAGAAAAACUGAAAGAUGAAAUUGAAGAAAUGGUUUUACACUCACAGAAAGAAGCACAGGGCAAGCAACAAGACUUGCAAGAAUGGAAAUGUCUUCAGAGGAGGCAAAAGUAUGGGGAACUAAGAGAAAGCAGUAGAAAGCAGUAUGUAAAUGAAGUUACAAAUGCUCCAGAGGAUGUUUGGGUUAUAAUUCAUCUUUAUUGGUCAAGCAUCCCAAUGUGUUUACUGGUUAAUGAACACCUCAACCUGCUAGCCUGGAAGUUUCCAGAAGUCAGGUUUCUCAAAGCCAUUGUAAACUUCUGCAUUCAGAAUUACCAUGAUAUAUACAAAUUACCUGCAACUAUGGGAAUAAACUGUAACUUGUUUUUACAAGAGUUCAAUUGAAAAUUAGCAGAAGUCGGAGCAACAAAAAAAGAACAAAACCCCCAAAAGGACAUUAUGAAUAUGAUACUGCCAGUGUGAAGCACUUCUGCUCAUGAAGACACCAAUACAAAAACCAGUGAUGUGAUGAAACUGCUUGAGAGCCUUUUAAUGCUUUAA